AUGUCACGCUGUCACAUCGCGUCCUCUCCUUUAUGAGAGUCCUGACAUUGGCAGAGGCGGCAACGCCGACACCGGCGACUGCGACGAACACGGCAACGACGGGGAUGACCGGCACGACAAAGACAGCCCGGGCCGAUUGUUUCCCGACAGUGACCCUGGACACGGAGAGGGUCACUCACGACCUCGCUGCAAGACUCGCAACAACUUUCCUUGCCCACGUCCUCUUCCUCAAAAAUCAAAUACCCUUCCCUCUCGCUCAACUGGUACGCAUGCCAGACAAAGACACGCGUUCUCGAGCUGCGACAAGACGACAGCAACUCCUUAAUUUAUUCGACACCUUCACCUCGCAUCUGUACACCACAUUCGUCGCCUUGUCGACAUCUCUUGCCCUUCGACGCAAAGCAUGUCAUGUAGAUACAGCCGAGAUAGCAAGAAAAACAGAUGUCGAUAAAGUAUUCCUAACCAUCGUAUUAGGUCCCACGAUUGGCACUCCAACAUCUUGCCUGAUUAUGGGGGUUAAGAGACGACGUCGCCCGCCCCCCUACGUCAGCAAAGACAGUCUAGUGCUCUCACAUGGAGCACGACGACGAGUCAGAGGCAUCCGACAACCAUGAGUCGGAAGGAGAAAAAUAGGACCAACCCUCUUCGGAAGAUGGAGACGAAGACAGCGCAAGUGAAGAACAACCACCACCCCCACCACUAGUGCCACCCCUAGAACAUGCGACUCUCCCCCGAUGCCAUGAAGAGCCCGACGAUACCCUCCUCCGUACAGCCGAACGUCUCCUCUCGUUCACCCUUGCGAGGGCAUGCGCAGAGGAUGUCCAAGGUCAAGGCAUUGCUGCUAAACUGCGUAUAGGCUAGGAGGGACAGUUGUGCAGCAUGUAUGCCACGGAAGACAAGUGUGACGCCUACAAUCUUGACGAUCAAGAAGAGCUACUAAAUAAUAGAACUAGCCCUCAAGGAAGGACUAUAUCGGGGGCCA